UAGGCGAGCAAAAGUCACACAAAGUUUUGAAACGUUCUGAUAGUUGGUUCGCAAAUUUUGAACAAUCUGCACACAAAAUGAAAGCUUUUGCCGUUACUUUGCUGGCGAUUGUAGCUGUUGCUCUGCUGGUGGACGUCUGCCAGGGACAGUACGACUUCAGGAAGCCGGAUGGUCGAAUGGAGGACAUCGAGGCCAUGCUGAAGCAUAGCCACAUGCCGUCGUUUGAGGAUAUGCCACGGUUCCGCCGGUCGCCGUUUGAUGAUUUCAACGAGGAGAUCGAAGAGCACGCUGAAGAUGGUGGAAAUAAUCACGGCCAGGGACAGGGUGGCGGUCAGGGUCAAGGCCAGGGACAGGGAGGGCAAAACGGCCAGGGUCAGGGUGGAAAGCAUUAAGUGUUGUUUCGGUGGAAAGCUUGGAGAACAAUAGUAUCUGGAUUUGGUUGUCAAUUGCAUCGUUAUUUUACAGUUUGGUGACAGUGCACGUUUUGUGAAGCUUUUAUUUUUUUUAUUAUGAAUAAUGUUAUUUGAUUGAUGUUUAAUAAAUUUGCACAAUGCUUUAUAAA